AGAGAGAGAGAGAGAGAGAGAGAGAGAGAGAGAGAGGGAGUAGAAGGCCAUGGAGAAGAUCUGCGUCGCAGUCCGAGUAAGACCUGCAGUAUCCUCAGAACCCUUUAAUGGAACCUUCUGGAAGGUCGAAGACAAUCGCAUUUCUCUUCACAAAGUUCACGGCACCCCUAUCUCUGGCCUCUCUUACGCUUUUGAUCAUGUAUUCGACGAAAGUUGCACUAAUGCUAGGGUUUAUGAGCUUCUUACAAAGGACAUUAUUCACGCCGCAGUUGAAGGCUUUAAUGGAACUGCAUUUGCAUAUGGACAAACCAGCAGUGGCAAGACUUUCACCAUGAAUGGUUCUGAAACCGAUCCAGGGAUUAUUCACCGGGCAGUUAAAGAUAUAUUUACAAAAAUUCAGAUGAUAUCUGAUCGUGAGUUUCUGAUUCGAGUUUCCUACAUGGAAAUUUAUAAUGAAGAAAUUAAUGAUCUUUUUGCUGUAGAGAACCAGAAGUUGCAAAUACAUGAGAGUCUGGAGCGUGGGAUAUUCGUUGCAGGCCUGAGGGAGGAAAUUGUUAACAAUGCCGAGCAAGUAUUUGAGCUCAUUGAAUCUGGAGAAGUUAAUAGGCACUUUGGUGAGACAAAUAUGAAUGUUCGGAGUAGUAGAUCCCACACAAUAUUCAGGAUGGUGAUUGAAAGCAGGGGUAAGGAUACCAAUUCUUCUUGUGAUUAUUCAAGUACUGAUGCUAUCCGUGUCUCAGUCUUGAAUUUGGUAGAUUUAGCUGGGUCUGAAAGGAUUGCUAAAACUGGAGCUGGUGGAGUACGUCUAAAGGAAGGGAAGUACAUUAACAAGAGCUUAAUGAUUCUGGGUAAUGUGAUCAACAAACUAAGUGAAGGUGCAAAGCAAAGGAGUCAUAUUCCUUAUCGUGAUAGUAAGCUAACCCGCAUACUUCAACCUGCUCUCGGUGGUAAUGCCAAAACUUCAAUUAUAUGCACUUUAGCACCUGAGGAGGUACAUAUUGAAGAAACAAAGGGAACUCUUCAAUUUGCUAGCAGAGCCAAGCGCAUCACUAAUUGUGCUCAAGUGAAUGAAAUUUUGACAGAUGCAGCCUUACUGAAGCGGCAAAAAGUAGAGAUUGAGGAGCUUCGUAAGAAACUUCAGGGAUCUCAUGCUGAGGUGCUAGAGCAAGUGAUCUUAAAAUUGCGGAAUGAUUUGCUCAAGUAUGAACUUGAGCGUGAGAAGCUUGAGAUGGAACUGCAAGAGGAGAGGAAAUCACGCAAAGAAUGUGAUCAAUGCAUUCGGGAGCAACAGAUUAAAAUCGUCAAUCAUAGCAAUCUUGUUACUUCUUCAGAGUUCAACAUGAACUCUAGUCAGGAACAUAAUUCUGUGAGACAAGUCCUUCAGGAAGAAUGCAAUGACAGCAGUGGCAUAGAUCAAGGAGACGCUUUUAGAACCCCUUGUUUCAAGGCAGCCCCCAAAGCCUUUGUUGUCAAGCGAUCAAAUUACUCAAUGCUGCCUGAUUAUAGUCCUCUUCCAGAUACAUUUAGCAAUGUGGCUGACGAAGACACAUGGCUGAAAAUGAACAAAGGUUACAUAGCUGAUCUUGAUUUGCUUCAAAUGACUCCUGCAAGAAGAGUUCAAUCAUUUCCUUCAAGUGACGUAACUCCUGCUUGUUCAAAUGAAAAUUAUACACAAGAGAUCCAACAUCUUAAGAGACAAUUAGAGAUUGCCACUGAGGAGAGAAAUGAACUGGAGAGAAAACAUGCAGAACAGAUAUUGUUGAACCAUCGACUAAUGGAUGACAUAUCUGAGCUUCAACAAGAAGCAAAACUUAUGCGAGAAAUCCCAAAAAGGCUAAGUGAAUCUGUGUCGAAUUGCAAAGAUAUUUAUGAGGAUGUUUUGUCAAUAAUACAGAGUUUUGUAUCUGAUGAGGAAUCCUCAACUGCAAAAUUGCUAUCAAGCACCAGUGAAAUUGGUAAAAGUCUCCUUACGACUUUGGAAACCCAUUUCUCCAUGGCAAUGGAUGACAACAGUUCUUUCACUGGGAACAAUUCUCUAAUUCAAGAACAACGCAAAAUGCUUUAUGAGAAGUUCAAUAGCACAAUUACAGGCUUGGUAUUAUCACAAACACAACAAUCGAGCUGUGAGAAUAAGGGAGGCAAAACUGCUUGUUGGAAGGAAGAACUGAGCAAUGAACUGAACACCAUCAAGGAAAGAUACCAUGACUUGGAGAAAGAGUUAGAUAUCAAUAACCAGCUCCUGGUGGUUUCUAAAGAAAGAUAUGAUACUUUGGAAAGAGAAUAUCAGCUUUUGAAAGAAUAUAGAGAUCUUUUGAACCAAAAGAUCUCUGAAUCAUCCCAAAAACUUGCACUGGUUACUGACCAGAAGGAAAAUGCUUUGAAUGAUUUGGAUACUGAAGUACAGAGAAGGAAAAAUCUUGAAGAAGAGAUUAAACAAUUUAGUGUUGCUUUUGCAUCUCGGCACAAAUCACUUAUGUCUUUCCAUAGAGAUGUUAAGUCUCAAUGUGAAAAGCUGAGAGCUCAAUAUUUAGUUUCUCUACCCAAUGCUCUUGGGUGUUAAAGAUCAUUAGCGCUCACUUAUUUAAUGUUAUGGUAGGUUAACAGUUUUAGCCAUGAUUGUUUCUUCUGUAUUUGAUGAUCCUUAGUGGAUGUUAUGUAUUUAAAUGUAUUUCUUAGACCUAAUACAACUUUUCGUUUGUAAUUUCCCUUAAAUGUU